UGCCGCCCCAGGGAGGCUUGGCUGGAGGGGGUCCCAGGCGAGAGGAUCGCGAUUUCGCUACUAUGACCUGUUGUGGCUCACUCAUACCACGUUGUGGUCGAUGAUAAGCCGAUGCAGCUAUGGACAUUCAGCUCUGCUUCUCCCACAGGCUCUUAUUGCUGUUCAGCGCUCGCGAGUCGACUCCUCCCACGUCAAUUUGUUCUAGACAGGGCGCUUCGACAAAACUCUUGCCUCUGCCUCGACCGAGCCGCGGCUGGUUUGAACUUACUGAGCUCACCUCCUACCUCCUACGCAGGGAGACUCGGGGUCCCAACGGCCCAACUAACGCUCUUGAUACAUACUAUGCGGUAGGUGCAUACCAAGCUUCGCUGGCCAUCUUGAACGUACUCUUGGCGAUUUCCGACAAUGCAGCGGCGUCCACGCAACCCCAGCUCGCGAAGCCGUGGCUUGCUUGGCCAUUUGGGUUUGCGCAUCGACCUAUGAAAAAUUACUGGAUUUUGCCUCUUCUCUACCUCGGCCUCCGCCCGAGCAGGCAGACUAUCAUGCCUAGUAGGCAGGCUGUGAAGGACGACGGGUUGUCCUCGUGGAGAAAGCGCGCGACAACAAUAGGGGAAUGGGACCUGAUCGAGUCCGAUUGUUUCAUUCUCUUUACCUGCUUUGCCUACAUAUUCCAGUCCCGGGUCGGUGGUUGUGCAAAGAUCAGUGAGAGGCGCUGUCCGUCUGUGGCGGCUUGGCUCCCCCUUACUCCUGUCUGAAAUCGUCAGAGAUUGAUAACUAGGCGACGAUCGCAUAGUCGACGUGCCGAUUCUGCCGAUUAUGUGGCUGUCCGUUCAGCCAUCCUCCUUCUCCGCUGGACGCCAUCGGGGAGGGAAUGGCCAUCCAUAACUCGAGACCAUGGCCACCCACCCACGACAACAUGUAUUAUGCAUCAUAUGUAGGUAGGUGCAUAUGCGCACUCAUGCCUCUUCCCCGGGUA